AUGGCCGGUCCCCCAUUCAAAGUCAUCAUUGUCGGGGGUUCAAUUGCGGGCCUCUCGCUGGCACACUGUCUCCAGAAAGCGGGAAUCGACAACAUCGUCCUCGAAAAACGUUCUGAGAUCGCGGCUGACGAAGGGGCCUCUGUUGCAAUCAUGCCAAAUGGAGGGCAGAUUUUAGAGCAACUAGGGCUUUACGAUACCGUGGAGAACCUGGUUGAGCCGAUGCAUGUUGCCCACGUCAGAUUUCCAGAUGGGUUCCAGUUUAGCAACCCUUAUCCUAAGACUAUGCAUGACGCCUUCGGUUUUCCCAUGAUAUUCCUUGAACGGCAACUGUUCCUCCGCGUCCUAUAUGACUCUUACCCUGAAAAGUCCAACAUACACGUGAACAGAAAUGUUGUCCAUGUUGACCACCUGGAAAACGAUGGCGUAGUAGUAUAUACGCAAAGUGGACACUCAUAUCAAGGUGCCCUCCUUGUUGGAGCAGACGGUGUUCAUAGCCAAGUGCGCUCCCAGAUGUGGGGCAUUGCUGACAAGGUGCGGCCUGGCUUGGUGACCAGUGACGAAAAGACAGGCAUGACUGUUGGCUAUGCCUGUAUCUUCGGUAUCUCAUCGGCUGUUCCAGAACUCAGAAUUGGUCACCUGCAUCUGAGCGUUUACGAUGGGGUUUCAUUUAUUGUUGCCCCUGGGACCCGAGGACGAGUUUCCUGGUUCGUCGUGCUCAAAUUAGACAGGACAUUUCAAUAUGGCAGCGCACCACGCUUCACUCCUGCGGAUGGUGCCUCACGGUGUGAACAGUUGAAAGACAUGUAUAUAUGGAAUCAUGUUCGUUUUGAAGAACUAUGGAAGAGUCGAAAAGUGUUUUCCAUGACUUCACUAGAGGAGAACAUAUUCCAGACAUGGCAUUGUGGCCGUAUUGUCUGUAUCGGCGAUAGCAUGCACAAGGUAUACUUGAUUGCUGAAAACCUUUAA